AAGAACUAUUUGUUAAAAUGGCUCUCAAUUAUUUGAAAAAAAUAGAAGAUCUGAGAUUCCCGGAGUUUUCGUGCCUCUGUGAGCUGUGUGAUUGUGGUCAACACAAAUGCCAUCAGAAUUGUAAGAAGAACCAAUCAAAUCAGCAACGCUCAGUGAAUACUGACUGGCUUCUAACAAACUACCAGUCAUCCUUCACAAGACCUCUGAAUGUCCUGCCCCGCAGCAGCAAGAGGCCACUGCGCACUCCGCCACACCCCAACCCACCAGCUAUGCAGUGUGAAACCACACAGCGCUCGGAAUUUGGUCCAAAAGUCCUGAAGGAAUGGAAACAAGCUGGGAACAGGCCUAUGCAGGAACAACUUCAUUCCAAAUCUAUCCACACCAAGGCAUUAACUCUGAAAGAGCGUCCAGUGAUGGUACAGAAAUGUCCUAGCACAAGCUCACGGUCUGGUCGAUUGAGUUCCAGAAGCAACACCAACAGCAAGAGUUGGAAGUCGGAGCCUCAAGUGAGAUCUGGGGAAUGUCUGACCACAGCAGGUGUUCUUGAUUUGAAUACCACUUACCAAGUCAUGUUUCAGCCUUUACCCUUCGAGAAACAGCACACAGGAUCUAAGAAGCGACCAAAAGCCAAACCCGCUCCCAUGGACCUGCUCAGCAGUUACCGCAAAGAUUUUCCUGAACACCACCAACCAAAGAUGAACUUGAUAAUACCAGCACAGGACAACCUGCAAGUUAACCGCCAUCUACCGACGGAUUUCAACACAAUUCAGAGAAAUUCAUAUAUUGGCUGGGAUACUACUCGUUAUCCCCGCCCUGACGCUAUUAAAUAUAAAGAUGAGUUGGCUGUAGGGGAUGGACUCAUUGAAAGUGAUACAGUGACACAGGGGAGGAUUGAAAGUACAUCAGUCACUGGACGAGAUUUCACUCCAAAGAACGCCUGCAAGCCAAUGUAUUCAGCUAAACAACAAAAGAACACUCCUGGCCACCAUGAAGCCUGCAGUUCAAUGCCCUUCCCCAUGUGCAAGCUGCAAGCCUAUCUGAUUCACCAGCAUCUCAAAAAAAUGAAAAUUUCCAACAGAGCUGUGCCUAUUACAUGCACACAAUAAGAGCACAGCCAGAGCUGGUGAACCAUAGCCACAGAACAAUAAUACUUCAUCCCAUCAAGGUCUUUAUAACUCAAGCAUGGACCAAUCUGCCUCAGGUCAUCAUCACUGGAUAAUCGUCUUAAUGCAGCGUGG